AUGAAUGUUCCAGUAAUAGUCGCGGCUUCCAAGGCAAAGACAGUCCUGGAUCCAACCAAAUCCUGGACACCUACAAGCAUUCGUUCCCUGCACACCCUCCCCUCCACGAUGAUCUUUCGUAUCAUCAAGUACCUUUCGAACCCGGACAUCCUUUCCCUCGCCCGGGUGACCCAGAGGCUUUACCGGGUCGUCAACCCCGUCGUUUACGAACGCCUUUUUCCGCAAUUUCCCAAAGCGCUAGAAUGGCUGUACAAAAAUGACCAAACGAUGGUUAUCCGCCACUUCGCUCAAGCUGCAGUGAAGUACGAGGGUAGACAUCCAGCUUCCAGACAAGGAAAGACGCAACAAGAGCCGUCCUGGACCACCAUGAAGCGCAGCGAACUGGUAGUCGACAUCCUCCUCUCCACGGACGACCUGAAAAGUCCCUACGCAAACGAAGCGUACCAGACCCCUCUAUCGCUCGCAGCCGAGACGGGAAACGUACGACUUGUGAAGGACCUCCUCUCAAAAGGAGCAAAUGUCAACGCCAUCGACAGUGCCGGCAACUACGGCCGCACGCCCUUGAUAUCAGCUCUCUCCCCGCCGAUGGAACGAACCAAUACUGUCCUCCUCCCCUCCAAAUGGCCAGAGUCCCAGCUCGACCUGCCCUGGUCUCCGCGCCGCAUGACGGAUGAAGGCAUAGAACUGAGCAAGGAACGCAUCAGCAUGGGUCUACCUCCAAUCCGGUACCCGGACCCCACGGCUCGCUACCGCGCCUACCAAAAACGAAAGGCGCGGUACGAAGAACAUUUCACUGAAAAAUCCCCUCACAAACAGAUCCUUCAUCAGCUACUAGGUGCCAAAGCCGAUCUCGAGCUCCGCGACAGACUAGGUCGGUCGCCACUUAUCUGCGCCAUUGCAGGUGGUUCAGUGCCUGUCGCCGAGCUCCUCCUUAUGCGUGGUGCAGACGUGAACGCGCACGGCGGCCUCCCGAGCCCACUCUUCCACGCCGCAGCAAGCGGGGACCUCGAAAUGGUGCAGCUUCUACUUGCGAAUGGAGCCAAUACGCUACCUCGCUCCAGCGAAGAUCCAUGGUCGCCUCCUUGGAUCGCGGCGAAGAACGGGCAUUUCAAUAUUGUUGAAGCGCUACUAAGUUACCCGGUCGAGAGGCCGUAUCUCAACAACAAGGUCACAACCUGGGAGCCUUUGAGGGAUGCGGCAAAGCGGGGCCAUGGUCGCGUCGUCCGGUCCCUGAUCGAGUACCACAAGGCUACCUGGCCGCACUUAUCUCUCGGCGAGGAAGGGCUCUUCUGGGCUGCAUAUGGCGGGUGGGAGAGGGUCUUCCGUAUACUCCUCGAUGCGGGUGCGCCGUUGAGCGGGUCGUGUGAGAGCUUGGAAGGUAUACCGAUUCUGUCGGCUGCUGUGAUGGGGAGGAAUAUCGAAAUCAUCAAGCACAUCCUUGGCAUGAAGGCUGAUGUCAACGUCCGCGAUAGGCAUGGUUGGUCUGCGAGGCACUGGGCGCGCUGGACAUAUAAUAAGGAGGUAAAGGAAUUGCUCCCUGAGGAUGACGAGGGUGAAGCCUUUAACUCUGCAGUGGGGGGGCCAUCUGGACUCUUGCCUCCUCACGGCAAGUUCCUAAGCUGUAUCCCUUAG